CUUCGUCGCUCUUCAACAAACAUCCACUCCUCUACACACCACCUACGGUCACCAAUUCUCGUCGAAAUCACACCCGAGAGAGAUCAUUUACACCAACCAAGAUGAACAUCUUCAGAUUACUAGGGGACUUGUCCCAUCUCCUCUCCAUUCUGAUUCUUCUUCACAAGAUGAAGACAUCAAGCAGCGCGUCCGGAAUAUCGUUCAAAUCUCAAUUUCUAUACUUGACCGUUUACAUAACUCGAUACAUCGACCUUCUCUGGACCUUUUACGAGCCCAAGUCCCUAUACAACACCGUUUUCAAGAUCAUUUUCAUCAGCACAUCCGCAUACACCGUCUACCUCAUGCUUAACGAUUACAAGCCAACCCACGACCCCAAUCUUGACACGUUCAAAGUCCAAUAUCUCCUGGGUGCAAGCGCGGUUAUGGCAAUCAUAUUCCCUCACAAGUACACCUUCACAGAGGUUCUUUGGACCUUCUCCAUCUGGUUGGAGUCUGUUGCCAUUCUUCCACAACUGUUCAUGUUGCAGAGAACAGGAGAGGCUGAGACGAUCACUACCCAUUAUCUUUUCGCUCUCGGCGCAUACCGUGCCUUGUACAUCCCCAACUGGAUCUACCGUUACUUCACUGAGACCCCACGUUUCUUCGAACCCAAUGCGGUCAUUGCUGGUCUCAUUCAGACCGUUCUUUACUCUGAUUUCUUCUGGAUCUACUACACAAAGGUUAUCCAAGGCAAGAAAUUCAACCUCCCCGUUUAAGCCAGCCGUAUCACUAGGGUCAUCAGCUUUAUUCACGGAGCCGCUUCGAAUGCGGCGCGACUUUAUAGCGGCCUAUCUUCUUGUAUUAUAGAAUUCACUGGUCGUACUUUCGAAAAGCACGUCAUCGGUGUCACGGAGCAAAGGCGUUUUGGUGGCAAGGCUCCCUCUGGGCAAGAUUCCGCAGAAGACCGAAGUAAUCUUCGCCAUAGCGGACAUCAUGGAUGGGAUCUGUUACUAUCGGGAAGUAGGCAAACGGUUGGGAUUGUGUGCGCAAAGUGAGAUUGGAGUCAUGUGUCAACAAACAGUUUAAGAAAAAGCAUUCGCAGCGCGAUUCUGAUAAACCAUAUAUGCAUAAAACGAC